AUGGCCAGUUACAAUUUUCACCAGCAAUAUAACCCUGCCCCCCCCAGCAUCCCCUUCCAAGUGAUCGACGAUCUCCACGACGCCAUAAUCCGCACCCGCAGGACCCUCCACGACUGCGACAACCAGCUCGAGCAGGUCCAAGCCACGCUCAAGACGUACCUCUCGCAGGGCGACGGCUUCGUCGGCGGCGCGCUGGAGCUCACGUACGAUGUCCUGCGCGUGUAUUUCACCGAGGUGGCGGAGUUUAUGCCGCUGGUGUCGCAGCUGGAGGAUAAGGAGGACAAGCUUGUGAAGCUGCUGGUGGCGACGAGGGAGGUUGUGGGGUGUCUGUUGCAGACGCUGAGGUAUACGAUGGCUGCGGGAGGGAGGAGGAAUAUUUGUAUGGUGUGA